AUGCCGGCCACUGCGCCGCCGGCCACUGCGCCCUCCAGCCUCCUCCCAGCAGAAGUUGCGUCUGCGGUGGCAAAUUUCGAGCGGGGGCUGGGCGACAUCGAGGAGCGCGUGCGCCGCCUGCAGCGUGCGCCGUGGGCGGAGCUCUGCGGCGGCCUCCCGCCGCUCGAGUCGGCGCGGCUGCACCUGAUGGUGGCCUACACGAUCAAUACCCUCUUUUACAUGUACCUCAAGACGCAGGGCAUUCCCUCCGCCAACCACCCCGUCCUCGCCGAGCUCGAGCGCAUCAAGGGCUACAUCCGCAAAGUGCGUGCCGCGAGUCAGGAGGCGGAGGCGAGUCAGCGGCAGGCGAGCCUCAACGCGUCCGCCGCGAAGCGCUUCAUCGUGCACGCGCUCGGCGGACCGUCCGGACCCGACGCCUCGGCCGGAGGCAAGGCGUCGAAGAAGGCUAAGAAGGACGCCAAGGCGAUGGGGGAGAGGCCGCACUGA